UAUACAAUGCAAUGAAAUACUGUAAGGAAACUUGCGGAUAUAUUGUAUGUUUAUAUUUGAGAAAAGAUCAUUAGCAAAAGUAAUAUUUGAAGGCAAAUUAAUCCACUGUUUCGUCUUCCAGCCGCGUGUCCGAUAUAGGGACGACAAAAUAAGGUCAUCGUUAAAUCAGGUCACUUGAUUUUCAUCCAUAGGUUAUGCAAGUAUGUAGCGAGAAGAAGUCUCGUUUUGCCUUGACACACGUUGCGUGGACAGGUAAAGAAAACCGUGUAGUAACAGAAUGAAACUUGACAAGAAUUAUUCAUCCCAUACGUUUUACAAAUUAUAUAAUCACAUAUCUUAUUUGCGUCGCCAGUGCCACACUACAGUUUUUUAAAUAUUAUAGGUUGCGAUGGUAAACAGUGCUUAUAAGUGACCAGAAAUGUAUUGACACAUUCAAGAGUCCACGUUAGACUUAUCUCACCCUCGACUGGGUAGAAGGGACUAGACCAGCCCCUGAUGACAUCACUUCUCCUACGGCUCUCAGAGUCGGGGUUGAGGCUGGGUUCUCACAGUCACCCGGGGUGGGCGGCUGCAAUGUGGAGCACCAUCCCGGCAUCUCCUCAAACCCUUACGCCCGAGCGCUUACCUCCCGGAUAGCUAACGGGGUCCACGAUGGCAGAAGAGAGCCGGGGCAAGCGGAGGAAACAGGCGAACCCCAAGAGAAACCAGGUCAGUAUCGAUAAGUUACACGCGCUGGGAUCCGAAGGGGAAGAUGAUGGUGUCCCCUGGACUGAGGAAGCACAGGACCUCUAUAAGGCUGGGGGUCAGGGUGAGAGUAGCCUGAUGCCAACCGAGGGCACCGAGUCACAAAGCCCCAUCCUGCACGGCCGCUCCGCCAGCCUCAGCCCAGAGCACCACUGGCACGGGGAGGAGAGAAACACCCCCAGCAGGGAUGGGACGGACGGGGCUGUGGCGUCGCUGAGGGAUCAGACCUCGCUGGUCUAUGGUCAGGGUGAAGAGACCCAGGGUCUGACCAGUCUGGCUGAUUACGACAUCCUGCUUCAAUUUGCCCGGGGCCAAGGCGUACAACUCCAGCAGCACAAUGGGGACACGCCUGGGCACCGCUGCUCACCAGCAGGUCACGGCUCACCCAGCGGCCAAGAGAUGGGUCCGGCCAGCCCAGAUACAGUGGGGGUGCCGUUAGCCUGCCCAUUCUGUCAACGCACAUACCAGCGCGACUCCUCCCUGCGGGAGCACAUCCGGUUCUGCCACGAGCGGGAGGGGGGGCGGCUGGUCUGCCCGCUGUGUGGCGUCAGCGCCACCUACAGGGAGCAGAUGGAACAGCACAUGUUGAUGCACACCAACCCACCAGGAAAGUUCCCAGUGUUCGACAACACCAUGGAGAACAGAAGGUUUAAAUGCACACAGUGUGGAAAAGCCUUCAAGUACAAGCACCACCUUAAGGAGCACCUGCGCAUACACAGUGGUGAGAAGCCUUAUGAAUGCUCCAACUGUAAAAAGAGAUUCUCCCAUUCGGGGUCCUACAGCUCUCACCUCAGCAGCAAGAAGUGUCUGAGUGGGGGGGCGGGGCCAGGGGCGGAGUCAGAGGUGCAAAAUGGACAGACAUACACCACUUACCUCAACAACUCCUCCCCCACCUCGCCGUCAGCCGGUGGGGGACGGAACGGCAAGAGGCGCUCCCCAUUCCCAUUCCAGGCACAGUCAGAUGCACUCCCCAGGGAGGUACUGCUCAGGGGCCAGGACCCGGGGAGAGCCUGGGAGACAGCUGCGGAGCUGCCUUACCACGCUGCCCUGCUGGCCCACCUGCCCCCCGGGGGGAAGUUCGAGCACAUGCUUCAGGAGGCGCUGCGGAGGGGGGCACGGGGAGCCGAGGAGGGCCCUACGGGAGAGGACAGAGGGCGGGGCCACGAAGGGGCCAGACAGGGCGAGACGCCGGGGAGCGGCGUGACAUGCAACUGGUGUGCACAGCUCUUUCCCAGCCCCGCCGUCCUGCUGCAGCACGAACGCUACCUCUGUACCAUGAACAGGGACGUCACAGAGGCCCUCGAGGGCCUCCGCCGUGGGGGCGCUUCCCCCCCGGCCUUUUCCAGGUCCUCCACGCGGUCACGGGAACCCCGCAGAGCCACCAAUGGCUUCUCCGAGGAGGAAAGGUCACCGCUGGCAAGAUCCACAUGGCACGGGUUCCCAGGACAGCCGCUGGGCUCCACCCGCUCCCCCCUGCCGCCCCUCCCCAGCCUGCUGGCCUCUCAGCCACUCUGGCCUCGUUCGGGGUCCGGCAGUCCGGCUCACCGGGCCACCCUGCAACCCCCCUCACCCUCUAUCUCGGAGCAGAGGGCCGGCUCCACCUCAGGAUUCUCUCCUCCGCCACUUUGCCUGGACCUAUCCGCCAGCACCUCCCCCUCCGGCCGGCCGGCUCCCUCAGUCUGGACCCCUGGCUCUGCCGGUUCCCAGAACGAGCCCUUGGAUCUCUCGCUGCCCCGGCUGCGGCCAGGCCUCCACAAAGACAGAGGGCGCAGCAGGACUCCGGGAAAGGAGAAAGAAUGCCCUGGCAGCCAUCACAAAGGACUAACUCCGCCUCUGCACCCGCCAGCGGGGGUCGGAUACAGUGUGACGCCGCUGUUCGGAAGUUCCAUUUAUGGCACAGCGCACCCCUUCUUCAACCCCGCCCUGGCUCCCAGCAUCGGCAGCACAGCAUACAAUGGGCUCCCAGUCCUCACGACCCCCAUGGCCUACAUCCGGGAGUCCGACACAGAAACCAUGUUCAAGAAGAUACAACAGGAACGGCAGACAUUCAUGGGUGAAACGGUGACACGGAACUGCCUGGACUACUUGUCGGUGAUGGAGGACGGCUUGGAGGGAGGCGACGGCGGCCUGGGCAGGAAGAGGUUGAGGAAGACGGACGAGGGCCUUUAUGCCUGUGACAUUUGUGAGAAAACCUUCCAGAAGAGCAGCUCCUUGCUGCGGCAUAAGUACGAGCACACAGGUCGGCGUCCACACGAGUGCAAGGUGUGCAGGAAGGCAUUCAAGCACAAGCACCACCUGAUCGAGCACUCGCGCCUGCACUCGGGCGAGAAGCCGUACCAGUGCGAUAAGUGCGGGAAGCGCUUCUCACACUCCGGCUCCUACUCGCAGCACAUGAACCACCGCUACUCCUACUGCAGCCGCGACCUCGAUGUCAGCGAGCUUCCUGGCGAGGAGCCGCCACCAGGGGGCGCUGAGCCCUGCCGGCCCCUGGAUCUGGGCCUGUCUUUAACGGGGGCCCCUGCCUCCCUCAGCGAUUCCAGCCUGGAUGGGGCCACCGGUGUCCUUAGGGAGGAGGAGGAUGAUGAGGAGGAGGAAGAGGAGGGGGAGCGGCGACACCGGGACAACUACACGGAGGGGAGGGCCGCAGUGCUGGAUGAGGGGAUUCAGCCCACAGAUGGGUCCCCCCCUGUGGGAGAUGAGGACAUGUGUGGUGAGGGCAGCAGUGUGGGAAGCAGUGGCCCAGAGGAGCUGGAGGGAGCUAGUGGGAGCGAGAACACCAGUAACUGAGACCAGUACAAGGCGUACGUAGCAGGGGAUGGCAGUGGGAGUGACUGCAAGCUAGGAAAAUAUAAAUGACAGGAACAAAAUGACAACAGGAGGUGCACAGUCCAGAAAAAGGAAGGAAUGUUCCAGAACAUUGCUGGGGGUGGUACAAGAGGAGGAAGCUUCAUUAAAUGGAUGCAAGUCUGGUGGCUUGUAGAGGAGGGCAGGUCACACAGCAUUUUCCUGGAAUCAAACAAAGCUUCUGGACAGGCUAAAGCAACGGGAGGUGAGAAUCUCCCAGUCCCCACCCAACUCCGAGUGGACACCCCAACUCACGCACAGAGUUGGGCAAGAAAUGUUCCCUAAGACUUUAAAUUCCAGAACCUACCCUCUGGUCCAGACAGCUUGUUAGGUACCAGAGCACAUUUCUGAUUAUGGUAACACAGCUGGACUCUCUAUCAAAAGGAACAAACAGAAAUAUGAUUUUCCCCCCCCCCCCACUUCUUCAUAAAAUGCAAAUGCAUCGUUUCGUAGUUUGCCAUAUUCAUGAUACAUUAUUAUUUUAUCAACUGACUCAGCAGAACUAAUUUCUGAACUAAGUUAAAUUUGAUGACAUAGUUGUCGCAGGGGUUCGUUUAUAACAUUUAAGCCAUAUAAAAAGACAAUCACUUUAAAAAAAACAAAAUCACACCACGUAACUCUAGACUGAUUUUUUUCUGAGAAAGUCCCUAAAAUGUGUAAAAAGAAUUUUUAGCUAAAAUUACACCUCCAGCGGUGUACAACAACAACAAAAAAAAAAACAUAAAUAUUAAUUAGCACUUCGUUUGUCGCACAAAAGUUGGUGACAAAUGCGAGAAAGAAACAUCUCUGACAAACAUCCUGCCACAUCAGAUCGGAAAGAGGGGUAUUCCCACCGAGAAGGAUCCGCGGCCCCCUCAGCCUCAGAGGUGAUGCAACAGACUCUGUCACCCUGUCGCACUUCUCACACAUCUGCUGUCCUUUACUUUCAUUUCGCUCCUACCACCCCUGCCUCCUUAUUAUAUCGACGCUUCCAGCGAAGGUAGCCAUUUCCUCGCGUUUGAUGCGUUUUAAAACGAAUCCGUGUUGAGCAAAACAUGGAAAGGGAACAGAUCUAUUAUAAUUUUUAAAUAUGUUUUUCUGAUAAAUUAGGCAACCGUGCAUUAUAUUGCAUUUCAAGAACAGCCACUGAUAAUCGGUGCCAUAGAUUAUUUUAUUGUAAUGUCUCUCUCUCUCUCACCCACACUCACACACAGGUUUAGGGAAGAUGACAAAAUCCCAGUUGUGAAAAUACACUGUCAUCUGUUUAAGACGUAACACGGUUUUGCUGUUAACCUAAGCAAAGUUCUUGCCGGUUGAUUCGUACUCAGCUUCAAGUUCAAUUGCCUCUGCAACUUGGGCCAGCAUCGCAACGCAAUUAUAGCCGAUCGUUUAUACGAAAUUAGAUUGUUUUCUCUCUAUCGAUCGGACGCUGUUGUACAGCGUUCAGAGUAACGAGCCAGGGGAAGCGACUUGGCCGGAAAAAUAAUGACAGCCUUUAUCCGCCAGCCAUGAUCCAUGCCUGGGCACACAUUCGGAAAGAAGGGAAAAUAAAUACGAAACCACAGCGGGUAAUCGGGCAGAGCCUGUGACGUCUCGGUCCGGCAGCGGCGGAUGACCCGGAGGUGGAGGUGGACCUUCGACCCACAAACCUCAAACGCGGUGAAGGCCGUGUGUUUAUCGAGAACAUUCUCGGAUCCGUUGUUUUUGACACUUUUAUUGAUCCCCGUGGAGAAAUUCACGUUUCGCCUGCCCCGUCUUGGUCUCCAUGACACAAAGACUUUGUAGGCCUUAAAGGAACGGAAAUUUACGGAAUAAAACACUCACCUGCUCCCGCCGCGACCUUGGCGGUUCACAUUUAUCCGUGUGAAGGUGUCUGAGCGGGACAUGCCAGGGACCAGGUGGCAUACAGAAAAAAAUGUUGGAUUAAAAUUGCAAAGGUGCUAUUUUUCUGCGUUUUUUAUAUUCAGUUACACUUGGUAUGUUUUUCCCCCUAUAAAUCAUCUAUUUUGGUGACUUGAGAAAAGGACUAUUUGUAUUUUAUUUACUCCUUUUAAAAUACUUAUGCAUUGGAAAUGUUAUGUGUUUUUUAUAAAUCCACCUGGACAUCAUUUUCUUCCCUCUUCGCUGAUGUGUUCGUGUUAUGUUUUUUGUAAAUACUUUACUUUGUAAUAAAAACGUGUAUAUAAUAUAAUGUGAA